AUGGAGUUUUACUUUGUAGAGCUUCUAAUACGUGGAAGUUGGAACCCUACUCUCUCAGGAGUUGGGAUCCUUUCAAUUCCAUACGCACUCGUCAUUAGAGGAUGGAAACAAACUGAGAUAAUGGAUGGUCUAAUCAAUGGCCUCAUGGACAUGGUGCUCGACCAGCCCGGUCAAAAAGACGAUGAGUCGCACAAUGAAUGA